CCCAAAAGAAAGAAGAAAAAAGAAAAAAAGAAGAGACCAAAUCUGACGUAAAAGUAGAGCUACCUACCAAAUCCAGCCUCUAUCUGUAACCACUUGUCUUUCUCACCAACUUGGUCAAAAUCUCUCAAUUAACACAAACUUUUUUCUUUCUAAUUCUUCCCUCUCUUCUCUUCUCUUCUCUUCUAAUGCCAUGCCCUUACCCUACCAUACCAUUACCAUACCCAAUUCAAUUCAAUUACCAUUACCAUACCCAUCUCGUCUCCACUUUUAAGGAUCCAUUCUAUGCCUCUUUACAUAUAAAUCUCUCUCUCUCUCUCUCUCUCUCUCUGUCCUAUCCUCAUCUCCGCAGCACGCACACCCACAUUCUCUAGUGUAAGUACUCUUUUUCUUCUCUUUUCUUUCAUACAAAACAGAACCCAAUACACAUAAUACGUAAACCAAUUUCACUUCUCAAGAAAAAAGAAAAAAGAAAAGAAAGCCGAGCUGACUGUUUGAUUCUUUAUUAUUCAUUCAUGGGUCGAUCCCCCUGUUGUGAGAAGGCUCACACCAACAAAGGUGCCUGGACUAAAGAAGAAGACCAACGCCUUAUUGACUACAUCCGUCUCCAUGGUGAAGGUUGCUGGCGCUCUCUCCCUAAAGCCGCCGGAUUGCUCAGAUGUGGCAAGAGUUGCAGACUCAGAUGGAUAAAUUACUUGAGGCCUGAUCUUAAAAGAGGCAACUUUACUGAAGAAGAAGAUGAGCUUAUUAUUAAGCUUCAUAGCUUGUUAGGCAACAAAUGGUCUUUGAUAGCUGGGAGAUUACCAGGAAGAACAGAUAAUGAAAUCAAGAACUACUGGAAUACCCAUAUCAAACGCAAGCUAAUUAGCCGUGGCAUUGACCCUCAAACUCACCGCCCGCUCAACGAGAAAUCCACCGCUAACCCUGUCAAAGCAACCUCCACCACCACCACAACCAGUGCCAGAGCAACCGCCCAGUUAAACUUUGAAACUGCUGCCGCUCAACCAAUACCAGAAUUCAAUCUUCUAAAUGACAACAAAAUCGAUUUCAAAUACCCACAUAAUUUCCGGUCCGGUUUCAAGCCUGUAAAAACAGAAUCCUUAGAAGAAAACAACUGUACUAGCAGUGGCAUGACAACAGACGAAGAACAGCAGCAGCAGCAGCAACCUCAAAGGCAAAGCUACGAAGAUCAAGAAAUCAAUUUGGAGUUGACAAUUGGGUUAGCUCCAGUCUCAAGAACUGAUACGUCAUCCUCAAACUCAGCUGAGUCAAAAUUGCAGCAAGAAUCUGAAUACCAGUUGUUUGGAAAAGUGGUAACUCAAUCAAUUUGUACUUGUUGCCAAUUGGGUUCUUCUCAAUUGUGUAUGAAUUGCCAGAAUUCAAAUGGGUUUUACAGAUAUAAUUAUUACAAUAAUAACUAGAGAAUUAAUUCCACAGUUCUUCCUUUUUGUUUUGUUUUGUUUUGGUAGAUUGGGAAAUGAAUUCUCAGACACCAACUUCACCUGAAAGUGUAAUCAAAAGUGGGGAUAGAAGUAAAUGAUAAUACUGUAUGAUGGCUAUUAUGAUAUGUUAGAAAAGAAUUCAAAUUU